AUCCAGCUUCCUCCACUUCACUCUGCUCAUCUCCUGGGACUCCUUGCUUGUGUGGAAGAUGUCCUGCUCCAGCCUGUGUGCCCCUGCAUGUGGCGUGGCCACCCCAACCCCGCUGGCUGACAGCUGCAACGAGCCCUGCGUGCGCCAGUGCCCCGACUCCACUGUGGUGAUCCAACCCCCGGCCACCGUGGUCACCUUCCCCGGGCCCAUCCUCAGCUCCUCCCCGCAGUACGCUGCAGUUGGCUCAGCAGGCGUUCCCGCCGUCGGAUCGGGCAUGGGUGGCACCUUUGGACGCGGGGCCGGUAUUGGUGGCUAUGGAGGCCUGGGAGGCUAUGGAGGCCUUUAUGGCCUUGGUGGCUAUGGGGGCUAUGGAGGCUUUGGUAGCUGUGGAUACGGUGGCUGGCGCCGAGGCCACAGGUACCUCAGCGGCAGCUGCGGGCCCUGCUAAACACAGCACCACCGCUGUCCCCGGUGGAAGGAGAGCUAUGGAGAAGCCCCAGCAAGUCCCUACCUGAUGCAGUGAGGAAGGUCUCCCUUUCAGCAUUGCUGGGCUCUGGAGACUGGAUUCCUCAUGUUUACAUGGGACCCUUCUCUGCCUUGCUCUGCUUUGGUUGAUCUUCAGGAUUCUCCUCCCUGUGAUUACACAGCCCAGCAGUGGUGCCUGCUCCUGUCCUGCCCCCUGCAACGAGAUGAGGACAUCUCCAGAGUGCGGCUUCCCUUCUGCCACCUCCCUCCUCAUCCCCUGUACCUGCAAUAAAAGCUGUAUUACACUGCA